AUGACAGUUUUAAGUUCAUCCAAUAGCAUAGAAAUAGAUAUGUUUAAAGAUUUAGAUAAAUUUGGAAGAUUUCAGACAUUACAAUAUUUAUUGAUAUGCCUUCCACUUAUUAUGGUAUCGAUGGUUCACGUUAAUUAUAUUUUUGUAGCUGAAGACGUAAACCACAGGUGCCUAGUAGAAUGCGAAGAACCUAAUCCGAGCGUGGAAUUACCAAAAUGGUGGCCAAAAGAUGUGGAUUCGAAAUGCUUCAGACCGAUUGUAGACAAAAGAUUCGAGAGGGAGAAUCAGACUUGCUCCAACACAACAUUUUUAGAAAUUCUGGAGGAGUGUCAUGAGUGGAUUUAUGAGAAUAAUAACUCUAUAGUGGCUGCGCUAAAUCUUGGAUGUCAGUCAUGGAAGGCGACACUAGUAGGCAGUGUGCACAACGCUGGUAUGCUUGUGUCGAUGAUGAUCACGGGAUGGAUUGCUGAUAAAAUCGGAAGAAAACCUACUAUCGUAGCGUGUUCUAUUGGCGGCGCAGUGGGCGUGUUCAAAAUAUUCAUACAAAAUUACUAUGCGUAUUUAGGCCUUGAAUUUCUAGAAUCUGUACUGGCCUCUGGGCUAUAUACAGUUGCAGUGGUUUUAUCGGCAUUUUUGAUAUCGCAAUCAUUCUCUCCUGAUGCUAUAGUGUGGCUGAAGGUGGUAUUGUUUUUGGCGGGUAAAGUUGGCGUUGUAGUGUGCUUCACGGGAGUCUUCACUUAUAGUCUAGAACUGUUUCCUACAAGUGUGCGGGGUUCUCUUGUUGGUUGGUGUAAUACGGUAGCUAGAAUUGGAAGUAUGCUGGCUCCACUUACUCCUUUAUUGUCCAUGGAGCUGGCUUCUUUACCAUCCAUCCUGUUUGCGUCCACGGCGAUUGUGGCAGCUUUCCUUUUAGUCUUCACACCUGAAACAAAAACUCUGCCGUUAUUUGACACUAUCGCGCAAAUAGAAAAUCAUAAAGUGAAACUAACAACACACAAGUAA